AUGACUGCGCUGCUCUCAGAUGUCGAUGAAGCAUCCGCGACCCUCAUCUCCCAGCUUUUCCUCGAGGAUAUCGGGGUCAUCCAGCGUAGAGCUUCCAACGAGGAGUAUGCUUUGCGGACAUUGGAGGAGGAGACGAUGCGUACCAUCCAAUAUCUCAGCGAUCUGGAGAUGGCCAGGAGCCUCGAUAAUGCGCUCGAGCUCGACCAGCCCGUUUUGGCCGUUUUGUCGACCAUCGAAGAAGGCGCAUUGGAUGACCAUCGAUAUGCCCAAGCGUUGAACGAUGGAUCUGCUUUACCAGAACAGUCAGAGGUUCAGAGGCUAAUGGAGGACCCCGAGUUUGUGGCAUUGAGCCGUGAUAUCGUGGAUGCUUCUACUGCUCCUGAAAAUAUCAGCUCAGAUGAGCAUGAGGAGGACACGGAAGAAGAUUCAGAGGAAGAAGCACGAGAAGACAUUCAACCGGCACCCCUUUCACCAGCCACGAACUCUGGCCCGUGGAUUAAUGCUCGUGGUCGUCGAGCUCCUAGAAAGCGUCUCUCCUGCAUAAUUUGUCAUGACUCAAUUCAUGCUCAGUUUCCUUUCGAAUCCACGUGUGGCCAUUUCUAUUGCACACAAUGCCUUACAUCUCUCACCAAAACCUGCAUUGGUGACGAAACUCUCUACCCACUUCAAUGUUGCCGCCAAGUAAUGCUCAUGGAUGGCCCUCGUGGCGUGUUCGCACGGCUUCCAUUGCGUCUCGCGCUUCAAUUUCGGCGCAAGGUUAACGAAUUUGCCACACCAGCGGGAGAGCGACUCUACUGUCCUACAUCGACAUGUUCCGCAUUCAUAGGGUCCACCGCGACUCAGCCCUCUAACACAUGCCAUUGUCGAGCCUGCGAUACGGAAAUUUGCGUUUUGUGCAAAGAGGUUGACCAUCCUGGAGAAAUUUGCGGCGGAAAUGCUACUCUGGAGGAAGUCAAGGAACUGGCUCGUACCGAGGGCUGGCAGACGUGUCCUGGCUGCGCUAACAUCAUCGAGCUUCAUCAAGGUUGCUUCCACAUGACUUGUCGAUGUCGCACCGAGUUUUGUUAUGUUUGUGCUGUACGGUGGAAGAACUGCCAAUGCCCGCAGUGGGAGGAGCAGAGGUUGCUCGACACGGCGGCACAACGGGUCGAGCGGGAGAUGGGUGCUCGUGCAAGAGUAAUUGCACCAGAAAGAUUCGAAGCCAGGGUACAAGAGCGUGUGGAACGUUUGCGAUAUGCCCACGACUGUGCUAAUGGGCAUAAUUGGGGAAGAAGGGCAGGGGGAGGGCGGUGCGAGGAAUGUCAUGACACACUCCCAAUCUAUCUAAUGCUGUGCGGAAAUUGCGGCAUAGCGGUUUGCUUCAGAUGUGCACGGAACAGACUAUGA